AUGGCAGUUGCAGCAAUAAUCCCUUUCUUGGUGGGCAUGAUGUUACUGACGGGGUGUGCCAAUACAAUCCUCACAAAGUACCAAGAUCAGCAAUGUGUUCGAAAUUGUCAUGACCUUGAUCCAACGAAACGUUACAAUUUUGAGCAGCCCGUCAUCCAGACAGUUCAGAUGUUCAUUGGCGAGAUGGGUAGCUGGCUCGUCCUUGGAGGUGUCUUCCUCUACCGAUACUUUUGCCUCCGAUCCAAAGAUGCCCCUCUCCUCUACCAGCCGGUCAACACUGAGGAGCCGGAGGAUGAUGAGCCUUUGCGACCUACCAGAUCCCGGGACGCUGCUAGUCCUGCAUUGAAGCCUCUUGUUCCGAAUGCCGAAGAUCGAACCCCUCUGACAGGCUACAAGAUCACUUUACUUGCUCUUCCCGCUUGUUGUGAUAUUACCGGAACCACGCUCAUGAAUGUCGGUCUCCUUUUUGUCGCGGCAUCCAUAUAUCAGAUGACUCGGGGUGCUUUGGUCCUAUUCGUCGGUCUGUUCAGUGUCUUAUUCCUCAAGAGAAGAUUGUUCCUAUACCACUGGCUCUCACUCUUUAUCGUCGUCUUGGGCGUUGCCUUGGUUGGCCUCGCAGGCGCCAUAUACUCGGGGGAUAAAAAUUCCCCCUCCAAAGUUGACCAACCAGAGCUCUUGCAUACCUCACUGCAUGCCAUCCGAACUGUGGUUGUUCAAGCAUCCGAAACCCCUGUUCUCAGAACCAUCCUAGGCAUCUUUCUCAUUGCAUUUGCUCAAAUCUUUACUGCCACCCAAUUUUGCCUGGAAGAAUGGAUCCUUGAAAACUAUGCUUUGGAACCCCUCAAGGUUGUUGCUUGGGAAGGUCUUUUUGGCUUCAUGGUCACGAUAUUGUUGCAAAUCAUUUUGCACUUCACGAUUGGCGUUUCAGCAAAGGGCAAAUAUGGCUUUUUCGAUGCCGAAGAAGGCUAUCGCCAAAUGUUCACAAACCGAACGAUUGGCAUCACCAGUUUGGCAAUCAUGGUUUCCAUUGGUGGCUUCAACUUUUUCGGCCUCUCCGUCACAAGAAGCAUUUCGGCAACUUCAAGAUCUAUCAUUGACACUUGCCGAACUCUGUUCAUUUGGAUUGUCUCUCUUGGCCUUGGCUGGGAGACGUUCAAAUGGCUACAGGUGGCCGGCUUUGCUUUACUGGUCUAUGGAACGUUCAUGUUCAACGAUCUCGUUAGGCCUCCCAUUAAAGCACUCCUACCCCGAAGGGAAGAGCUGGAGGAACGCCGAGAUCUUCUCCCCGAAGACCCCAUUGAGCAUAUGUAG